UAAUUUUAGUGUAUUUUUGGUUUAAUUGAUAAUGGUAUUUCAACCGUCAGGCCUUGGUCACAUUACCAACCGAUUUUCCUGCAAACAGUUUUUUCCGGAAAACAAAACAAAAAUAAUUAAUAAAUGCUUAGAUCGCGGUGAUUUAACAGCAAUGUGGAGAAGUAUCGAAGAGUAAAAAUCGAAGGCGGCCGCCAGCCAACAACAAAAACACCACCUACGAGCAACAAUAACAACAUCGGCAACAGCCGCAGCAACAACAAUACAAAUAAAACGGGAGUCUACUGCAAAUAUACACACACCAAGAGAAAUUAAAAUAAAAAAGCGAAAAGGCAGCUCCCGUUUUGCUGUGGACGGUGCUAGAGAGAGUUGACGAAUGCGGAGCAGUUCGAGGCAGGAGUAGGAGCAUCAGAAGUGCCACCGGAAGCGGAAAGCGGAAGCAACACAAUAGCAAUAUAUACGGAACAACAAGCCAACAAACAAAAUCACCGCCUUAGCCUUAGUAAAAGACAACGAGGAGAAGACCUCUCCAAAGCGAUUCAAAUCAAACCAAACCAUCAAAAUCAAAAGCCAGACAACCCUAAUCCCAAAACAAACAAAAUGUCCUCGCCCAGUGCCGGAAAACGACGCAUGGACAACGAUGUGAUCAAGCUGAUCGAAUCGAAGCACGAGGUGACGAUCCUAGGAGGCCUCAAUGAGUUCCACGUCAAGUUCUUCGGCCCAACGGAGACACCCUACGAGGGCGGCGUGUGGAAGGUGCGCGUCUACCUGCCCGACAACUAUCCCUUCAAAUCACCGAGCAUCGGUUUUGUGAACAAAAUCUACCAUCCGAAUAUAGACGAGUCCUCCGGAACAGUGUGUCUGGAUGUGAUCAAUCAGGCCUGGACGGCGCUGUACGAUCUAUCCAACAUUUUCGAAUCGUUCUUGCCGCAGCUGCUCACAUAUCCCAAUCCGGUCGAUCCACUCAAUCGGGAUGCGGCCGCCUUGUACCUGCACGAGCCGGAGGAGUACCAUCGCAAGGUGGCCGACUAUGUGCAGCGGUAUGCCACCGAGGAUGCGCUGCGGGCGGCGCAGCAGGAGCGGGAGAGCAGCGACAGUGAGUCGAGCAUGUCCGACUACAGUGAGGAUGAGGCCAGGGACAUGGAGUUAUAAUAUCGGUUGGACCGCCAGCCUACGGAACUACCGCUAACACUUACACUGACAACAGCCUAAUACAAAUGCUUCGAGACCCCAUUUUCCCAUAUCCCGACACUUUUCCUAAGACAAAAACAAGCAAACACACACACAAUUUCCUCAUACCCCUCAGUUGGCGACGGAACAACAAGCAACAAUAUAUAUAUAUAUAUAUAUAUAUAAUUGAUAAAUGAUAAUUGGAUUUUAAGAUAGAAAGUGAUUCGAUGAUGGCGUGUGAUGAUCUGCGCACACACGCACAUACAUAUAAAUAUAUACAUACAAUAUAUAUAUACACUAAUGUAAGCAGCAAGAAAAACAAGAUUUGAAAACUCUUAGUUUAGCCAUCAGUAGCUGAUAACAAAAAAGGAUUGGAGAAAAGAUCGUAACAGAUAUAUAGACCACAACAAAAACGGAACGGAGGAGAACAAAAUGGAAACAGAAACAAAAUGGAAAACAUAAAUCGAUAAAAUACAGAUUAAACAGAUAACAGAGAUAAAAGCAUAGAUGCAAACGCAAUUUAAAUGGUUAAAGUAAGUGCACAUGCAAUACGAAAUAUGACAUGAAAUUGCUUUUGGCCUUGAUCUGGAAUUAAACAGACGUCAAUGCCCGUUCUUUAGAGUUUAGCAACGGAGUAACAAGUUGAUAGAAAACGUAUCGUAAACACAAGUACCACCAUCAAACAAAAGUUUUUGGAAAACCCUCACCACAUAAAUACCACACGAUGAUAGCCCAAUUCAAAGGAAGCCUCAGUUACUGCUUAGAUCGAUUUGCGAAAUUAGUGUUUUGUUCUCCCCCAGCUUUAUAUGUUUUUUGUUUUCUUUAUUUGUGAACGUGUUUUUAUAGGAUUUAUCAUUGUCUGCAUAUAUAUACAUUAUAUAUUUACAAAUUUUAAACUGCAGAAUAUCAUUUGACUAAGCAGCAUUGUCCCUGCCCAAAAAAAAGUGAAUAACGAUCGAAACUAAAUAGAACUAAAGUAGAAAACCAAGACAAAUCCUAGUGGAAGCGUUUGGAGAUGAUUGCGUGGAACAGACAAAAUAAACGUUGCAGUUCUUUUUCUUGUUAAUUAAUAUUAUUGUACGGUUAUUAUGUAAUGUUUUAAAAUAGGAUUCGAAUUGAUCGUGUAAUUAAAUGCAAUAAUUCUUAUGUCUAACUUAUGCCACCCGUGUUUAAACCAAAACCAACUGUUUUUUUUUAUUACAAUACAUUUUGCUUUUACACCACA